GCUGUUACCCCCAUAACAACAGAUUACAAAUGCAGUAAAUAAAAAUGAAAUAAAAAUAUAUUUUUCUUAAAUUGCUUUAUAUAUUUAAAAGUAUUUGCGGUAAAUAGCUUUAUGGGUAAAACUAUGCUGUCACAUAUCUGCACGUUACGCAAAGACGGCCACAAACUGGAUAUCUACAAAUGUGCAUUUUUAUUGGAAAUGCAAACAAAUUAGAUCAAAUUGUUCAUGCAAGCAAUGCAAACAUCGUUCAACCCAUAUGAGGCUAUAUGGAUCAAAGCAGCUUCAGUGAGACAGAAGCGUCGUGGAGAGAGUUAAAAUGAAGCAAAGAUAAACAACUUUAACAAUAAGAGUUCAACAAAUGAAGUACACAAAAUAAAAAACUAAAUAAAAAAUUACUUAAAAUAACAACAACAACGAAGUUUAUUAAACAACAAGCAAACAACAACCUCUGCGUUUAGCUGUAUGAAGAGCGAGGGAAACACGGAAUAUCAUUUGAGACAUACAUGUGUGAGUAGCAUUCGCAUUUGUACCGAGGGCUGACGCAAAAUUACCGAAUUAAAAUUCUAAGUCACGAGUCUAAAGAGAAACACUGCUAUUUUACAUACAUCAUGGAACAGUGGAAUAAUGUGGAAUUGACUAGCUUAAGGAAGAAAUCCUAUACAUUAAAUCAUGAAUAUGAUUUAGCUAAUAAAUGCGUUGUGGCGAAUAAUAACAGCGACGCGUCGAACGCAGCCGAUAAUAAUGAUAAUGACAACAAUGACUCUAAUAAUGCGAAUACAAGUGAAUUAUUACAGCCAGGCUCAAAUAUUAAGCCAAAAGUGACAGCUGAAAAUGUGGAAUCGUUAGUACGACGUCUCUAUGGCAUAACAAUUAAUGAGAUCAAAGAGUUGAUAUCAUAUGAUGAUCGCAAUUAUCUUAUACAACCGGACUGGAAUAUAAAAAAUCCAAUUAUCGCUACGCCAUGGCCGCAUGGUUAUGUUUUGAAAAUUCUGAAUGCGUUAGACUCGAAAAAGACAGACUUUAUUGAUGCGCAGAAUCAACUAAUGAUUUAUUUGUCCAAAGAAGGUAUCGUUUGUCCCACACCUAUAACUAAUGUGAAUGGCAAAUAUUUUUCGGUCGAGCACAUUAAUGGCGCAGAUUAUGUUGUACGUCUGCUGGAGUUUGUACCUGGCCAGAUGUUUCAUGAAGUAGAAAAAUCCAAUUAUCUGCUAUAUAAGAGCGGAGAAUACAUAGCUAAGAUAGACAGAGCGCUGAAAAACUUCCACCACGACGCCUAUGAUACACAUAAAACUCUAUGGAUGUUGGAAUCUAUACCACAAUUAAGAGAUUUCCUCUAUGUUUUACAGGACCACGAUCGCAAAGCAAUUGUUGAGGAAAUUAUCGACUCAUUCGAAAGUAACGUACUCAAUAAAAUAGAUGAACUGGAGAAGCAAAUCAUACACGGCGAUUAUAAUGAACAAAAUAUCAUUGUUGAACAAUCGAAAUCUUCCGCAAGCGGCGAAUACAAAGUUAAAGGCAUUAUAGAUUUUGGUGAUACAAAUAAAUCGCCAAUUAUAUUCGAAAUCGGCAUUGCCCUCACUUAUAUGAUAUUGCAAGCAAAAUCACUAAAAAGCGGUGGUUACUUCCUUGCCGGUUACACCGAUAUACGUCCAAUAAGUAAUGAUGAACGUUUACUAUUGAAAUACUGCGUAGCUGCUCGUUUAGCGCAAAGUCUCGUUAUGGGCGCAUAUACGCACAGUUUGGAUCCGUCUAAUGAAUAUGUUUUGGUAACACAAGAGGAAGGUUGGAAAAUUAUUGAAGAAUUGUGGCGUAACCGUUUCGCGGAUAUAGAUGAAGUAUGGCAGACAACAGCUGAUAAAUAUCUUACGCAAAGUGUUAAAUAAUUCGUUGAAAGCAAAUCGGAUUCGUGCAAUCAUUCGCCGACUAUAGCACAUGGCGUAUAUACUAGCUGCACAUCAUAUAUAUAAUCAGAGUCAAUUUUAAAGUUGUAACUUGUCAAUUUGUAACGUCAAUCUGUAAUACGAGUAUUAUACAUGCAUUUAUGCAAAAAAUUAUUAUAAAAAUAAAACCGUUCAUAUAUGUACGUAUAUAAAAGAAAGCAUAUAGGA